CUUCUGGAGGAAGCAGCACGGGCUUGACCGGCGUCGGCCCGCCGCCUCUGCCGCGGCUUCUCCCCAGUCCGGUCCCUCUGGCCCGACCUGACCCGGUCUGGCUCGUCCGGGCUCAGCGGCCGCAAGGCCGCAGCUCCCGAUGGAAAUCAUAUUACGUAGAAUACUUGGGUGACAUCUGCCUGAGAGAUCGCCAAGAAUUACAGAAGACAAAAAUACUAAUGCAUUUGAGAAAGCGGUAGUUUUGGGGGGAGGGGGAAAAAGCAACUGCUUUCCUGAUCUGCAACUUGGCUGGAUGCUAAGAUGUCAGUGGACAUGAAUAGCCAGGGGUCUGACAGCAAUGAAGAGGACUAUGACCCAAAUUGUGAGGAAGAGGAAGAAGAAGAGGAUGAAGACCCUGGGGACAUAGAGGACUAUUACGUGGGAGUAGCCAGCGAUGUGGAGCAGCAGGGGGCUGAUGCCUUUGAUCCCGAGGAGUACCAGUUCACUUGCUUGACCUACAAGGAAUCUGAGGGUGCCCUCAAUGAGCACAUGACCAGCUUAGCUUCUGUCCUAAAGGCCGUUGAUGCUCACUGCCAUCAGCUGCAUCCUCCCUAUGGCACUGGUAUCUCAUUCUGUUGCUAAACUUAUAUUAGUUAAUUUCCACUGGCAAGUUUCAGAGAUAUUGGACAGAUUCAAGUCCAAUUCUGCUCAACUGCUUGUUGAGGCUCGAGUUCAGCCUAAUCCAUCAAAACAUGUUCCCACAUCCCAUCCCCCUCACCACUGUGCAGUGUGUAUGCAGUUUGUGCGAAAGGAAAACCUACUCUCUUUGGCCUGUCAGCACCAGUUUUGCCGCAGCUGCUGGGAGCAGCACUGCUCAGUUCUCGUCAAGGACGGCGUGGGUGUGGGAGUCUCUUGUAUGGCUCAGGACUGUCCACUCCGUACACCAGAGGACUUUGUGUUUCCAUUGCUUCCCAAUGAAGAAUUGAGAGAGAAAUACAGGCGCUACCUCUUCAGGGACUAUGUGGAGAGUCAUUACCAGCUCCAGCUGUGCCCUGGUGCAGACUGCCCCAUGGUUAUUCGGGUACAAGAGCCUAGAGCUCGCCGAGUACAGUGCAAUCGGUGCAACGAGGUCUUCUGUUUCAAGUGUCGUCAGAUGUAUCAUGCACCCACAGACUGCGCCACGAUCCGGAAAUGGCUCACGAAGUGUGCAGACGACUCUGAAACAGCCAACUACAUUAGUGCUCACACUAAAGACUGUCCCAAGUGCAACAUCUGCAUUGAGAAGAAUGGAGGCUGUAAUCACAUGCAAUGCUCCAAAUGUAAACACGACUUCUGCUGGAUGUGUCUAGGAGAUUGGAAGACUCAUGGCAGUGAAUACUAUGAGUGUAGUCGUUACAAGGAGAAUCCUGACAUUGUGAACCAGAGCCAACAAGCCCAGGCGAGGGAAGCCCUCAAGAAGUACUUAUUCUACUUCGAGAGGUGGGAAAACCACAACAAAAGCUUGCAGCUUGAGGCACAGACAUACCAGCGGAUUCACGAGAAGAUUCAGGAGAGGGUCAUGAACAAUCUGGGGACAUGGAUCGACUGGCAGUACCUACAGAAUGCUGCCAAGCUCUUGGCCAAGGUCCCUUCUCUCCUGUUGCAGUGUCGAUACACCCUGCAGUACACCUACCCAUAUGCAUAUUACAUGGAGUCUGGACCCAGAAAGAAGCUGUUUGAAUACCAGCAGGCUCAGCUGGAGGCUGAGAUCGAAAACCUCUCAUGGAAAGUGGAGCGUGCAGACAGCUAUGACAGAGGGGACUUGGAGAACCAGAUGCAUAUAGCGGAGCAGCGGAGGAGAACCCUGCUGAAAGAUUUCCAUGACACCUAAGUUGGGAUGUGGAUGUGCCGGGGUGAGGAAAAUGUGGCCGCAAGGUCUCCCGGCUGCCGUACUGCAUGCUGCAGGCUCUGCCUUUCAUGACCCCAGGCGACAGCCAGGGCCCCACUCCUGAGAGACACUGGCAACACUUCUUAGUUGAUUUCUGUUUUCUUCUCUUUUCACUUUUUGUUUCUACCAGGGUAGAGGCCAUGUUGAACUGGCCUCUUUUCAGGACUUUUAUUUCCCCCUGGAUGGUUGUUGGGAGGGAGGGAAAGUGUUUUCUGAAUGGCUAUUAAUAGUAUUAGAUCAUUACAACUUAUGUAACUUUCAAAGAUUGUACAAUUAUACCAAAAAAAAAAGGCAAACUAUAGGAUAACACAGAGCCCUUUUUGAAAAUAAAUUGGCGUUGGAGUGUUUUACCCUCUAGCUGUUUUACUUAGAAUGUAACAUAUGCUGCCUACCCACCUGAAAAUGUCUGUACUGCAAGAGGGCCCUGGGCCUCUGCUUUCCAGAUUCACAUUUGUCUGGCCAGAGUUGGAGUCCCAAAGGAAGAGCAUGGGUGGCAGAUGGUAGGGAAUUAAACUGGCCUGUGCAGUGGGCACAGAGCACAAGGAGUCACAGCAUACCUCCUGCCUUACUAUGGCGGUACGGAGACAGUUCAGAACAUGGUCUUCUUGCCACAGGGUGGUGUUGUCUCUGGUGGUGCUGCAUGUCUGUGGCUCACCUUUGUUCUUGAAACUGAGGUUUACCUGGAUCUGGCUACUGAGGCUAGAGCCCACAGCAGAAUGGGGGUGGGCCUGUGGCCCCCUAAACUAGGGGGCAUAGGUUCAUCACAGCAUUUCCUUUUGUCUCCUAAAGAUAGGGAUCUACUUUUGAAGGGAAUUGUUCCUCCCAAAUAAAUUUGCUUUACCUUGGUCCUUUCUUUUGUGCCAGUAUUCAAGUGGUAUAGCCCUGAGCAGGGUCACAUUUGGCCAAACCUGACACUGUCUUGCUGCACUCUCCUUUGGCAAACAUCAGGGUCAGAAUUCAGGAUAGCCUUCCCUAGGGCACUGGCCUUUCUGGCACGGGGACCACGUUUUCACAGGUUAUUUUCAUGUUACCUGGAGUGUGUCCAGAGGCUGCUCUGAGGCUGAGGUGUAUUCCCCCUUGCCUGGUUUCCAGCUGUCAGAGGGAUACCAUCCUAGGGUCUGGGAGUCCAAGGCCAUGGGACUCCUUGGUUUGUGGUCCCAGAUCCUGUACUAAGAAGGGUCUGGCCAGAGGAACAGACCAGUUUUCGCACAGUGAAGUGCAAGGGAACAAGUGGUUUGCCUGGUGUCCUACCUUUCCUGAAUCUGGUCCUGUGGGCCAUUGAAAAGUUAGAUCUGUGAUUGCUGGGGUUUUUGUGGCUUUGUUCAAUGCUUCCACUCUAGGGCAGGCAGAGCAGUCUAUACUCUCCCACACCUGCUUGACCUCCAGGGAGAGCUGAUACAGAGAUCUGUGAAUAUUACGAUAGAAAUUAUUUGGUAUUCAUACAUUUCACCUUCAAGUCAGCAAUUUCCCAGGUACCAUGUAAGCUAUAAAACAGUCAUUCUUAAAGACACAGGAUAGUUGUGACUCAUGGAAUCAUGAGGUCCAUGGCUGGUUGCAGGUUCCCUUUCUCCUUCCCCAGGUUUUGUCUCUUACUGUGUUGUCCCCAGCAAGGGAGAGACUGUGGGGUGGAUUGGGAGAACAAAUUAGGAGUAUAGCGGAUGAACCCAGAAUGGAACAGUGGGGGCGCUAACUGAACGAGGAGAGUACCUGCUGCAGGACCUGGAGGUCAGGUGUGAAUGCUAUAUUGGCACAAGGAAUAAAUAUCCUGGCCUCUGGAGCCUUUACCUCUCCAUCAAGUCCUUCCUGUGAUACUGCCAUGGCACAGGAUCUGAGUUGCAGCUCUGCACCCUAAAUCACACCCUAGGCAUUGUCUGGGCUGCAGGGCUGCCACAUUCUGCACUUGUGUCCAGCUGUGGCCCUGGAUGCUGGGGCUGCAGGGUUUUCUGUGCUCAGACUAUGGCCUGUAGCUCUUGGCCUGUGUAGAGUCCCCUCCUGUGCCCCCAGUGGCUGUUUGUCAACAUCAUCAGGAAGAUGGGAAAGGUCAGGUAGAAUUUUUCUGCCCUACAAAGGGUAGAAGAGAAAGGACACAGUAUUUUCAUGAAUUUACCAUAUAUCUUUGUUUUUCUUCAAAGAAAAAGUUAAUUGAGGCAAUGUCAUCUGCUCAAAGUUGAGUGGUUUAUUCACAAUAAACUGUAAGUUUCUGAUUAUAAAAA